UGCUGGUUGAAAUGCACUUAUUGUAAUUUGCUUAGAUGACAUGUAAUGUAAUAUAAAUACUAUGUAUACUUCUCACUAUACUACACAGAGUACAAGUACAAGUACAAGUGUCUCCCACUGUGACUUGGACACAGAAAUCACACAAUGAUAAUAAAUAUAUAUAUUUGAUUAUUCUUAUGAUUAUUUAAGUAUCAUGUGUGCAGAAACACAUUGAUCCAGUAAAAAGUAGUUCGAUGGAACUUGGUAUGAAGGUGAUGAUGAAAUGCUCUUCCUCCUCCCAGCGCCGAUCACCGGACGGUCCCGGUGAUUCAGCUCCGGUGUUUUCCCCGUUAAGCAACACGUCGUCGCCCAGGGAGGGGCCAGCUGGCUGCUGGGCGGCUCUUAAAGCACACAAACCUGGGCAGGAGCAUAUAAAGCGGGAGCCGCGCGCCGCCAGACACUUACCCGACUCCACGGAACACCCGAGACCCAGAGACCAGCACCAUGUACUCCCGAUCCAACAGCGUGACUCUGACGGUGCCGCGGCAGAGCUUCGGCUUCGCCGGCGGCUCCACCCGCAGCACGGAGCCCGAGGUCUUCACCUUCGAGCGGGUUCCGACUCAGGCCACCGCGGUGCUGUCCUACGUGCCGAUCCGGCCCAGGAAGCGCUGCACGCGGGUGAUGUACCCGGCCAAAGUGCGCAUGCACCUCCCGCCGCCGGAGAGGAGCGCCGCCAAGCGCUGGCUGCUGGUGCUGUGCCUGGUGGUGCUGUGGCAGAUCUACACCGAGGAGCCCUGCGGCGCCGACGCGCUGGCACCGGGCAGCGCCGACGGCCCCGUGUCGGUCAGCGACUUCCAGAGCUACGCGUACCCCCACCAGUCCGCGGAGGAGCAGCAGCGGGCGGAGCUGGGGCCCGGACCCGGGCUCCUCUCCACCGCGCCGGCGGUCUGAGGACGGCGGCUCCCCCAGGGGAACGAGAGAGUCAUCCCGGGCGGGCCUGGACGCCCCGUGUGCCCGGUGCACCGGGCGGGACUCGAUCCAACUGCAGGGGAAGCCGGGCAGAGGGCUCCUUCUGCCCCCCCGCGGGGAGGACCCAGCCUGAAAGAAUAACGAACAAAGAACUUGAACACUGAAACUUGAACUAAAGGACACUUGAACUGGGACCGGCACCCUGACUGCACUCAAUGUUAAUAUCUGUUAAUAUCUGUUGUCUUAAUGUCUUAUUUAGUUAUUUAUUCUAUUUGCUAUUUAUUGAUUCAUAAUUUUAAUAAUAAAACAAUGUCUAAAAGCA